GUACCAUUUUUCAUCCAUAAACCUAUAAACCUUAAUUUUCUAAUAUCAUCAUUUUUAAGAUGUCUUCUUCUUCGGUAGAAUCAGUUCGAGAACUUCUCAACAAACAAUGGAAAACCGUUCCCUUUCCCAACAUCAAAUCCAGCGAUCUCUUCUCUCUCUUCCUCAAAGUGGGUUUAGCUAUUUCCACCAUUUUUCUUAUCUCCCAUCUUUUCUACCUAUCUCUCAAUUACCACCAACCACAAAGCCACUAUGAUCAUUUAGCCUUAAAAGAAAUGUUCCAUCGCAGCACCCCAAAAACCUUAAUCAUAGACUCCGGUCCUGCCGAACAGCCGACCGCCGCAGCUGAAGAACCCACCAAGAUCUCCCACGUCUUGUUUGGAAUCGGCGGCUCUUAUGCUACAUGGAACACACGUCGGUUCUAUAGCGAACUUUGGUGGCGUCAAAACACCACCAGAGGCUUCGUGUGGCUAGAUAGAGAGCCACCAAUAAACGAGACGUGGCCAGAGACUUCUCUGCCAUAUAAAGUCUCUGCUGACACGUCAUCGUUCAGAUACACUUGUUGGUACGGCUCUCGUUCAGCUAUUCGCAUAGCGCGAAUACUAAAGGAGGGUUUUGAAUUAGGGUUAGAUAAUGUGAGGUGGUUUGUCAUGGGCGACGACGACACGGUGUUCUUUACCGACAACCUACUUACGGUGUUGUCGAAAUAUGAUCACAAUCAAAUGUACUAUAUUGGUGGAAAUUCGGAGAGUGUGGAACAAGAUGUGGUACAUUUUUACACUAUGGCUUAUGGCGGCGGAGGGUUUGCUAUAAGUUAUCCUUUGGCGGCGGAGCUUGUGAAGAUUUUGGACGGUUGCAUUGAUAGGUAUUCUGAGUAUUAUGGUUCUGAUCAGAAAAUUCAAAGUUGCAUUAGUGAAAUUGGCGUUCAGAUUACCAAAGAACCUGGUUUUCAUCAGGUUGAUAUACGUGGCAACCCAUAUGGGUUAUUAGCAGCACACCCGGUAGCACCAUUGGUCUCAUUACACCACUUAGAUUACGUGGAUUCAAUUUUCCCAAACAUGCCACGUGUCGAUUCAGUCAAAAAAUUAAUAACCGCUUACAAAUCGGACCCGGGUCGAACUAUCCAAAAAUCAUAUUGCUACGACCAUACCCGAAAUUGGUCGGUUUCAGUUUCAUGGGGCUAUAGUGUUGAAUUAUAUCCAUUUUUACCAAGGGCCAAAGAAUUUGAAAUGGCUUUACAAACUUUUAAAACGUGGCGGAGUUGGAGUGAUGGCCCGUUUACGUUUAAUACCCGACCCGUUAGUGGUGAUCCGUGUGAAAAGCCUUUGGUUUAUUUUAUGGAGCGGGUUGAUGAUGUUGGUAAGGGAUUGACCCGGUCUGGGUAUAAGAGAUACGACGCCGUUUCGGAGAAGAAGUGUGAGAGGGAAGAUUAUAAACCGGUUUUGGAAAUUCAAUAUGUCAACGUUUCGGCGCCUUUGCUUUUGCCUCAUUAUUGGAAAGAGGCACCACGUAGACAAUGUUGUGAGAUAAUCAAAGAUGCAGAUGGUGUAAACAAUGUGGUUAAUGUCAAGAUAAGAGGAUGUCAACAAUUUGAGAGUGUAACUCCUCGUUAGAAAUUAGAAAUUAAUUUACUACACAUUGAAGAGAAACCAAAGGAUUUUUAUGAAGUCUUUCACAAUGAAAGACUCAAAAAGAGUGAGUUGAUAUUAGGAAACAAAAUGGAUAAACUUUUAUACGUUUUUCAAAUAUUCAACUCAAUCUGUGCAUAUAUUAUAGAGUGACUUUGUAGAUUAAAUUGGCUUUAAUUUUAAUUUUGUUUUUUUAUGAGAAAAUUUCAUUUUUAAUAUAUUUAUUAACAUUUGCAUAACAUAUUUUCGUAACUUGAAAUGUAUUGUAAUUUACCAAUGAAUUGGUC